AAAUCCACACGGAUGAAGUCGCGAACAACAUCGCUACGUUUACUGCAAUACAUAACGUAUUACUUACAUCAUUAUUUAAUUAGAUAUUUUUCAACAGCGCGCUGCGACGCACCACGCAGUAAGCGAAACGUUCGUAUUGCAAGAAUCACGUUUGCAGUUCGAUUCCGGACAACUAAAAUAUUUGCAUACUUAAUUAGUAAGCAGAUAUUGAAAGAGCAGGCCGCUCUGCUGGCACACUAAUGAGUCUAUCAAUGUAUUUCAGAAGACGCCUCGGCCUUGGGGACGCAUUCGACCAAACUCAACAACAAUCUUCUUCCACCUCAAUCCAUAAAACGGUUUCAAGGUAAUGUGCGUUGCGUACUACGCAGCAUAAUAUGUUCAGGGUUCCGUAGCCGAAGGGUGCCAACGGGACUAUUACCAAGCCUCCGCUGUCCCGUCCGUUCGUGCGUCCGUCUGUUUGUUAGCAGGCUAUAUCUCGCGAACCGUUAUAGGUAAAGAGUUUAAUUUUUUUUAAAGAUGUAUUUCUGUUGCCGCUGUAAUAACAAAUACUUAAUAAAAAUUGGUACGAAACUCUAUGUGUGCGAGUCUGACUCAGACUUGAUCGAUUUUUUUCUCAAUAGGUACAGCUACUCAUAGUAGAUACAAACAUAUUUACAUGGUUAUAGGCUUAUUUACUCACAUAUAUGUUAAUUCCAAAGCUAGGAGCUGCUCAUUUACGUAGACUAUGAUGUAUGAUAAUUGUCGUACUUACAAGUAAUUAUGAAUUAUCGUGAGCGCCCAUUGUCAUCGCACCUAGCUAUGUAUCUACAUUUGCAGCCGGUUUCCUUCGUACAUUGUUCAGUGGGAAAAUAGCUUCAAGAUCAUUCACGAAAAACAUGCGAUAGUCUAAGAGUCCACUCAACUAUCAAUAAGUACGAUUUACUCCGACUAUAUCUUGCUGAAAGCUUAACGCCAAAGAAAGGAGUAUUAAAUAUAUAGCUUGACAUGUGACACUUAGAUUUAAGUAUGUCAUUUUUGGCGGAUUGGCAGACUCAGACUUCACACGUCAUAAAGCUUAGUAUAAUACGUCCAUGUCACACGUCUUCGAGAACAUUUAACGAUCUAAAACUCUCAGGCACACAGGUUAUCUCAUGAAUCACGAUGUUUACCUUUACCGUCAAAUCUAACUCUGAAAAGUUAUAGAUGCGCAUCCUGGAUUGACUCCUCGAUCUCCCGAAUACACGUACGUCGUAACCACUAAGCUCGUAGAGUCCGUAGAGUAUGAGAUGACAGAGACGUGCCAUCUUAUCGUUUUACAAGUUCUUCAAGGUUCUUCAUGAAUAUAGCCUCGAUAGCUCAACGGUUAAAGGAACGGACUGCAAUCCGAAAGGUUGCGGUUCAAACCCCACCCGGUCCACUUUUGUCGCUCCCACUCUAAGCACAAGCUUUACGUUUAGUUGGAGGGGAAAGGGGAAUAUUAGUCUUAAUGAUAAACUUGGCUAAUAUUCUUUAAAAAAUAAAAAUAUACUCGGUGGGCUCUCGCACUAUUACAGGUGCGAUUGAUUACUAGACAAUACUCUCAGGCCAAUAAACUGCUAAGCAGCCGCGAGCCGCAGUCAGUUUCCGACGUCCGACCAAAUAUCUCCUAACCUCACCUAUCUACUCCAAUUACUAUUUACCUAUACAUUUAUAAUUUACAUUUCAAACGAGGUUCCAACUUCCAAGUCGACGCGACAAUUAAGUAGUAUUGUACACGCAUUGGCAGUGAUCAUUGCACCUAGUCGAGAAGGAUCUCGUUUAGUAUCAGAUCCUGAGUCACUUCCGUUGUGUGUAGUGGGCAGUGUUGCCGGCCAGCGGGCAGCGAGGCAGCAAGCCGGGUGAUCCUAGGCGGUUUAUAAGUGGCGCGGCUGUUCCCGGGCCCGGAGUCGUAGCAGCAUGGUGCGCGAGCGCGCGUCCGCCGGCAGCCUCCCCGACAUGUACCGGUUAAUAUUUCCGCUGCUUCUGUGCGCGAGCGCAGCGGCCGCCGCGCCGCAGGCCCCCGGCGCCGCCCCCGCCUACAUCCAGCCCCUCGUGUCCGACGAGCCGCCGGCCAACGCCACCAGCUUGGAGGACAGCUUCGGCAGCGCACCCCCAAGUCCGGAGAGCACGGCCUCGGAGAGCAACGAGUUCAUCCGCCACGCGCGGCAGGACUCCUUCACCACGGAGCUGGACGAUCCUGACACCACGGAGACGGAGGAGGUGGCCACGGAAAGAGAACUAAUCACUUCGCCCAGAACCAGCCCAGGUCGAACGUUCUCGCGGCCGGCGCGCCCGACCCCGCCCAGCCCCAGGUUCAUAUCGAAGCUCAGCUACUUCGACAAGCCCAGCGCUCCGAGCGGCGUCGUCACCAACCUCGUGGAGAAGGCCGAGAAGGUGUAUCCGGGCUACCUGCGCAAGUUCGUGAGCAGCUGCCGCUGCGAGAAGAUAUGGAACUGCCCCAAGCUGCAGAUCACCGUCCCGCGCUGCCCCAACGAGUACUUCAUGUGCUGCUUGUGAUGCGACCGCAGGCAACACCAUCAUCGCGUCCACCGCUGGACGUAGGUCUCUGUGAGGACUCCCUGCGAUUCAUUUGAUAGCGCCUGUCCAUCUCGCAGUUUUCCAACGCUGUGCUUUCCGAUGCGAGCACCUUGGCACUCCAACGUGUGUCGGUACUCCGUCCUAUAUGUGCCCCGCCCACUGCCACCUCGGCCUCGCCACCCGCUGAGCUGUCGGUUACUCUGGUUCUCCUACGGAUGUCCUCAUUUCUGAUUGAUCACGUAAAGAAACUCAAGCAUAGCUCUCUCUAGGCGAAGUGACUCUAGCCCGCUAAGUGACUCUGAGCUGUUUUAUGAGGCCCACGAAGAACGUGGUACAUAUACUCGCCUACCAGUCAAACUACCACCAAGGUACCACCAGCGACAACAACUUUGACUCACGUACAUACAAUACAUACAUAUUACAUAUAGAUUAAGUUUUGACACGUUGAAGCUCUUAUUUUAUGUAAAAGCUUCUAACAGAUGACCAUAAAAAUGUAUCGACCGUAAAUUAUCAAUUUAUAGUGCCUACCAAUGAUGAACUCUCCAGGACGUAUUCCUUAAAAGCUCAAUAGAUGGUGCUGUUCUGCGCUCGCCCAAGGAAGUUAUAAAAGCAACAUGUGGCAUUUUCAGUAGUGCUUCAGGUUUCUAAAAAUCCUGCUAAAAUUAUUCACGGCUUUCGUUAAUCAGACUCUAGCACUAAAGUCCGAUUUAAGAAAAAUCUACGACUUUCCUUAGGGCAUGAACAACGACAUAGGAACUCGCCCUGAAAAGUUCCUCAUUGAGAGGCGACGGCACGGAGGGGUCUAUACGGCCGCGCAUUGGUUCGUCAGUCAGCCCUUCGUUUGGACUGCAGCUCAGAACAGUAGGUACAGCCACAUGCAGACUCAUACUCUCAGUCGUCCAGAGGCCUUUCGCAUCAUACCAACUGUAGUUCAACCAUAGAGUUCAACACCACAAGUAAUGAAAUAAAGCUGGUCACACAUUAGCGCGCUCCGUCGCGGCGAACAUUGCUUCAGUACUCAUUAAGCAGUUACAUAGAUAGUGAUUUGAGCUUGUCCCACCGACCAAUAGUUCAUUUUGUUCCCAGUUUAGCUAUAAAGUAUUUAUAAUAAUGUUUAAAGGAAUUUUAUAAAAUUGGCUGGUCACGUUAAUUAAUGUAAAUAAAUUAAAAGACAAAACCUCUCUACUUUAGCUGAAGAGAUAAUAUAAUAUUUUCCUUGUGUUCAAAGUUUGGUACAACGGUAAUGGUUUUGCUACAAGUAUAAAUACUUGGAUGUAGUAGUUAAACUAGGAAAAAAACAUUAUCUUUUAGUAAUUAGUAGUAACUGUGGGAAAUGCCCGAAAAGUGAAUAGAUUAUUAAGGCCAUCUGUUCACGUUUGUUGUAUGUACAGAAUGCCAACAACGCGACAAAAUAAACGUAAGAUCGUCUUUAUGUUUUGAAGAGUAAGAUAUUUUUUACUAUUUUUAAGCCUUUUGAUGUAAAAUAAAAAAAAAAACUGUAAAAUAUGUAAUUUAUGGGUACAUAGUUAAGUAAAUAAAAGUCAUUACUGUAUGCAUUAUUGUCGUUUAUUAAUAAAAAUAGAAAAUAGUUAAAGGCAGUUAUUAAAUAUUGCUUACAAGAA